CUGUAGCGCUCCUCCUGGCCAAAACUGCCGUGCUCCUCUAGUGCGCUUCAUUCAGAUGGAUAACUUCAGAAGCAUGGCUCUGCCAAACACUUCACUUUUACUGUUUGUUCUUCAUAUGUGCGCUCUUGCUUGGCAAGCUUGGGCGCUAGUGGAUCUUAGGAUGGAGGACUCUGUAGAGGUUUACAUGGAUGAGUCUGCAGAGAUCCCCUGCCUGUACACCUUCACUGAGAAGCCCAUGAUGGUCAUGGUCCAGUGGUUUGUGCGGGAACGUGAAGGUCACCGGGUCAGGAUCUCCUACAGCGACCUGACCAUGCAGAAGGUGGACGAGAACACGAGCUACAGCAAUCGUAUCAGUGUGCGAUCAAACAGUGAUGGAGAAACUCUGACCAUUCAGGACGUUAAGCUGUCUGAUGAAAGAGAGUUUUUCUGUCAGGUCAGUGGUUUGGCAGCAGGCAAUGGAGAGGGCAGGACUCUCUUGAAGGUUUUUGACCCCCCAGAGCCUCCUGUCAUUGACGGUGUCCUCUCUGGAGUUUCUGUGUCCGGUGACUCCACAGCUAAGAUUGCAUCUUGUGAGACCAGAGAAGGCUUUCCCAAGCCAAACAUCACAUGGUACCGUGAUCACAUCCCCAUCCACCCCAUUAGUGGCUUGGCGAACGUGGUAACGCUAGUGACGAAGGAAUCCAGUGGUCUAUAUACAGUGCAGAGUGAAUUGCAUUAUAAGGUGACCAAGGAAGACAAAGACGCCCACUUUUCCUGUGAAGUCAGCUAUUUUGUCCCAGGAGCUGUCAGGACAUCCGAGUCCAAAGGCAUCAAUAUUACAGUUCAUUACCCCACGACCAGCGUGGAGAUAUGGAAAGAAUCGCCCGAGGGCUUGGUCAAAGAGGGGGACACAGUGGAGAUCCGUUGUCAAGGCGAUGGGAACCCCCCAGCACCCAUCAUUUUCAACCAAGAACAAUCAGAUGUGGAGCUGGAUUCCUCUCCAUACAUAAAACCAGGGUUGCUGGUUCUGAAGGAAGUGUCUCGUGCAGAUAGCGGUGUGUAUGAAUGUCACUCUCUGGAUGUGGAUGCCGUGAACCAUGAUGAGGUGUUGGACACCCUACAGCUCACUGUGCACUAUCUGGACCCAGCUGUGGUGGUGCCCAAAGACUCUGAGGUCAUGCUGAAAGGAGAGAGUCUGACAGCCACCUGCAAUGCCCUGUCGUCUUUAGAGACGUCUACUGUGUGGUUUAAGGAUGGGAUUGAGGUUGGAAGGGGACACAUAAUGCAGCUGCAGGACGCCACGUUUGACACAUCUGGACAGUAUGACUGUGAGGUGACUGUACCGUCUCUUCCAGGCCUGCUGACCAGCGGUUCUGUCCAUAUUAUCGUACAGGGCGCCCCUCAGAUGAAGGAUGCAGAGAGGGAGAUUGAGCUGACGGAGAAAGUCGGGGGUUGGGUGAAUUUGAGCUGUGAGGUGAGAGGCUACCCUAGACCCGCCAUCACCUGGAGCAUCACCGGCAGUCAGUCUCAGAGCUGGCGUGAGGUGGUUAAAAGAGAGACGGAGGAUCAAGUCCACAGCGUUGUGAUGCUUAAAGUUACCACUGACACGGUUGCUGUCUGCAAUUCAACAAAUGACUUUGGAAUAGAGACCAAGACUUACAGCAUCAGGAGCAUUCCAUUCUCCCAAACUCCAACGGCUAGAAAAACCUCAGCUGAUAAUAGUGGAGUGAUUAUUGUGGUGAUCAUUGUCAGCAUCCUGUUGCUGGCCAUCCUGGGCAGUGUCUUCUACUUCCUGUAUAAAAAGGGCAAGUUACCCUGUGGACGCUCAGGCAAGCAAGAAAUCAUGAAUGCCUACAGCACCAAGGAGAAGACUAACAAAGAGGACAUCGUCGUAGAGAUGAAGGCAAAAAAGACGGAGGAGUCCGUGCUAUUGAAGGGCGUCAAUGGGGAAAAGAAACCUCCCAAUGACCAGAGCAGUGCCCUUGGCUCAUAAGUGAAGACUUGUGGGC